AUUCAAAGCAAGCACAACCUAUAGCGCAGCAGCAGCGGCAGCAUAACCCAUGCGCCAGCCACACAAACAACAAAAAGAACAGCAAAAAUCGUUAAAAACAAAAUGGUGUGGCGCAUAUAAGAAGUUUGUACCGGAUAGCAAAAGCAACAGCAACAACAACAACAAUAAUAACAACAACAACAACAAUAAGAACAACAACAGUAAUCAAGAGCGAUAAAAGCAACAGUCAAAGAAAAAGUUUCAUUGCUCGUGUUGCAAACGCCACAAGCAACAGCCCCGCCCACAUUGCCGCCGCCGCCCUACCAUACGAAAACAGCAUAGCCAAACGCAAAUCAACAACGACAAUGACGGCGUCAAGACCUUCAGGCUCAUCCAGAUCCCGCACCACCUCCAGCACCCAAAUCGGACAGCCAGCACGCGUUCAGCAAACGCCUGGAUGCUGGAUGUUGAGCGUUUGAGUGCCUGAGCGCUAGGAACGAAGCACGGCCAAGUUUUUUGUUAAACUGCGAGCAACACAAACAGAAGCCAGAAGAGAGACGAGAGCUGAAGGGGGGAGCAGAGGCAGCUGGCAGGCGAUGGCAUCGCGGCCUGGUAGAGCGUUGGGCAAACACUCAACGACAACGACGACGGCCGCGUUGCCGCUGAGCAUUGUCAGUUGAUGGGGCUGCGGAUGAGUAUGAGCUUUGACUCGUCGCUUGUUUGCGUUGCAAAUUGCAAUUAUGUGAACGAACAAAAAAUGAUUAUCGUCCGAGCAAACAGGACAGCAACAAAAGACAUUUUAAUCAGCGCAACAGUGAGUCGAAAUAAUGUCAACGCCUAAAGCAGCGCACAGCCCGAGCACUGCCAUUACUGCGGCGGCAUUGCCCACUUCAGCUACGCGAAGGCCUAGCAAAUCGAUGGCUAUGCUUGCAGCUGGCGGUGCAGCCGCGACAACAACGGCAGGCAUAACUAAUGGCAGUAGCAGCAACUUGCUGCUAACUGCAGCGGCAGCUGCAGCCACAACAACAACAGCCACAACAACAACAACAACGACUAUGAGACCAUCAACAACUACUUUGCAAACAACAACACGAUUUGUGGACGCCUCGUUGACUUCGCUGUCAUUAACGGCAUCAUCAACUUCAUCGGCCACUGGUGCAUCUUCCGCACUGCCAUCCUCUCCAGCCACUGCCCUGGAGCUGUUCUCCACAGUUGCUGGCAAUCUGACAGGGAACACGAACACCAGCAUCAGCAGCGUGCUGGAAGCCGGCGAGCCGCUGGAAGACAGUUGGGUGGACGUAUCGCUCCUAUUGCUCAAGGGCUUCAUCUUUUCGUCAAUUAUCCUGGCCGCAGUGCUGGGCAAUGCACUGGUCAUUAUUUCGGUGCAGCGCAACAGGAAACUGCGCGUUAUAACAAAUUACUUCGUUGUCUCACUGGCGAUGGCCGACAUGUUGGUCGCCCUCUGUGCGAUGACAUUCAACGCAUCCGUGGAGCUGUCUGGCGGCAAGUGGAUGUUCGGCCCGUUCAUGUGCAACGUAUAUAACAGCCUGGAUGUAUACUUUUCCACAGCGAGCAUACUGCAUCUGUGCUGCAUAUCGGUGGACAGAUACUAUGCAAUAGUGCGUCCGCUGGAGUAUCCGCUGAAUAUGACACAUCGAACCGUCUGCUUUAUGCUCGCCAAUGUAUGGAUAUUGCCUGCGCUCAUCUCGUUUACGCCCAUUUUCCUGGGCUGGUACACAACGGCCGAGCAUCUGCGCGAGAUUUCGCUUCAUCCGGAUCAGUGCUCGUUUGUGGUCAACAAGGCCUACGCUCUCAUCUCCAGUUCAGUGAGCUUCUGGAUACCGGGCAUCGUCAUGCUGGUUAUGUACUGGCGCAUCUUUAAGGAGGCUGUGCGUCAGCGCAAGGCGUUAAGCCGCACCAGCUCCAACAUACUUCUGAACAGUGUACACAUGGGCCACACCCAGCAGCCCACCAACCUGAGCUACCUGCAUCCCAGCGACUGUGACAUCAGCACAAAAGCUGCACGAGAGGAGACCAACAGUGCGCUCAGCAAUUUGGAGGACAUGUUGCAGACAGCCACUGAUGAGGACGACGAUAAGGACGAGUGCGAUGAACUGCGUGUGCCAUCGCCGCCGCCGCGUCGUCUUAGCCGCAGCAGCAUUGAUCUGCGUGACCUCGAGCAAGAGCGUUAUGAGAAGGUCACGCACACGGACAGCGCGCCAUCGAUGAUGGCGCUUCAGCAACAGCUGCCGGGGCCCAGCCAGCUGCAGCCGCCGGUGCCCGUCUUCAAUCCGCAAAUAUGGGCUGAAACACUGACAAAGAAGAUGACGUCGUCGCCGCCUCUGCCUGCUGUAACAUCAGCGGUGGCAGCAGCAGCCACAGUGCAGCAGCAGCAGAGCCUAACGAGCGGCAGCGGCAACAGCGAACCAGAGCCAGAGUCAACGGCCUAUCGCAUGUUCGGCCUGAACAGCGAUGAGAGUGAGACGACUGACCACUACGACACGCACUUGCCGCUUGCCGAGGACAACAAAGAGCUCAAGCGGCUCAUCGAGGACAACUAUUUGUACUUCAAAAGGCAGACGAACGCUGCGGGCGGCAAAUAUGCCGCACUGAGCGAAUCGGACUUUAUUCGACUCAAGUCUGGGGCGGCUGCCAGUGGACAUAAGGGCGCGUUCGCCGCCAGCGACUCGGAGUUUAUGCGCACCACCGGCAAGUCGAAGGCGCCCGAUCUGCCCAGCAAGGAGAAGGGCUUCAAUCUGCUGUCGCUGCUGGCCAAAACUAAGCGCUCCAGCGCGGAGUGCUUCUCCCUCGAAAAGAAGCGACAGCAGGCCAACUCCGAGGGCUCCAGUUUCUUUCGGCGGUCGCGCAAUCGCAAGCUGUCGCACAGCUACAACGGCGGUGCCGGUGGCAGCGGCGGCGCCAAGGAACGCAAACUUGAGCAGCGGGCGCGGCAGCACAGCGACACCGACUCGACGCCCAACAAGCCGGACAUACUGCUGGACAUAAACGUGCUCAGCGAGCAGAAUGCGGCGAGUGCAGCGGAUGGCCGUGGCCUGCAGCUCAUUGACUUUGGCAACGAUGCCAUCGUGGGCGUUAGCGGCGUCAGCGGCGAUGAGCUGGCCCAGCUGGCCGACUGCUUUGCCGAGUCGCCCAAGCAGCCGGCCACGCCGCCGCCGUCGCUGUCGCCGCCCGAGCUGCCCGAGCAGAGCGGCAUGCUGAUUGCCAGCAGCUCGGAGCUGGCCGAAAUCUUUCGCUCGCUGAGCUUUCCAAUGGGCGAGCAGUGCAGGUCCAGGCGUCAGGCGGCGCCGCAGCGCAUGAGCACGCUGAGCGAUCAGGUGUGCGCCAACUAUAUGAUGUCCCCACCGAAUACGCCGGCAGCUGUGAGCGCAGCGGUUGGAGCUGCCAACGCUCCACAAUCGGCGUCCAUCAACGUGUACUUCCUGUCGCCGCCGCCGCACGCCGCUGGCGGCUACACGCCAAGUGACACAUCGACUGUAUCACUGGACGUGGUCACCAACCUGCCGGUGCCGCAGCCAGCGACAGCUGGACACCACCACCAACAGCAGCAGCAGCAGCAGCCACCCAACAUAUCACCCAAGCCCGAAAUCAUACUCGACUCGACAUUGUCGCCAGUGGACGGCAGCGAUAGCCUGGUGCUCGGCGAGCACAAGGACAUCACAUCGCCGCUGCUGAAGCGCAAAGAUAGCACCACCGAUGCGGAUGUUAGCGCUUCCGGCGGCCGACAGCGCUGCAGCAUACUCACUGGCUACGAGGGCAUUCAGACAAUGCGGAAACGACAGGCGUCCGUGGUCACUUACGAUGUCAACGUUAUCAACUUCUCCCAGGAGCACAGCGACAGUCGCAGCUACAUACCCAUGGGACGUGUCUCCACCAGCUCAGCAAAGCGCGAGUUUUCGAAUAAGUCUUCGCUAAUACGACGCGGCGGCAUCUGCAUUUUUGUGGAUGAAGACGAGGCCGAUAAUAUUGAGCAAAAGCCGCGCGGCAUUACCUUUGCCCAGGCGGCCAGCCCGCUGCCAAAGUGUCCGCUCUGUGGUGCCGAUAUCACCGUCAAUACGAACACCAACGCCACCGUCACCGCUACCGCCACCACCACCACAACCACCACAACCACCACCACUACCACCACCAAUACCACCAACGACACCAACACCUCAAUCAGAGCAAGUAGUAAACGUAGUAGUCGAUCCGGCGAUCCGGCUACGGCGCCGGAUACGCGCACGCGAGCACGCUUCUGGCACAGACAAAUGGCGGCGCUCGCAGCAUGUUGGCAGCAGAGCAAGAACCGGAAGCAGCGCUUCAAACCCGGAUGUAGUCACUGUGGUGCAACCGGCGGCUCGGUGCGACCCGCGAAAGGUUGGAAGGCUGAGCACAAGGCCGCUCGCACUUUGGGCAUCAUAAUGGGCGUGUUUCUGCUGUGCUGGCUGCCCUUUUUCCUAUGGUAUGUCAUCACGUCGCUGUGUGGCGCCGCCUGCCCCUGCCCGGAUGUGGUCGUCGUGGUGCUCUUUUGGAUUGGCUACUUCAACUCGACACUCAAUCCGCUCAUCUAUGCCUAUUUCAAUCGAGACUUUCGCGACGCCUUCCGCAACACGCUGGAGUGCGUGCUGCCCUGCUUGGAGAAACGCAAUCCCUAUAAUGCUUACUAUGUCUAGAGUCUAUAAGUAUCUCUCUGCAUGCUGUGCUCUCUGCAAGCUGAAUGCCGAUGCCAGCGUAAGUGAUAUGCUAUACGCUCUUAGCUAAUACCGGAUUAAAGCUCUGCUCAAGCGGAACAACAUCGUAGUUAAAGCUUGCGAGCUAAGCAAUACUCUAACGUCUGUUUAUUAUGUAUACGUCUUUUAUUUAUUGUGUGUAUUAUACAUGGUUAAGUGUUAGGCAAAGCUACGGCUAUAUCACACAGAAACAUAAAUACAAAUAUAAAUAUAAAUACGUAAAUCAAUGUCCCUAGUUUAAG